ACGAGGGCUGCUUCCUCUAGCGGUAACAUGGCUGGGUCGUCGGGAGCGACCCCAGGGGCGAUGACCCCAGUGACUCCAGCAGGCAGCACAGCUGACUCUGAGAAAAACACUGAAUUCCAGGAGAAGGAAAAGAUUCUGUCUCAAGAUUUUCUUUCAAUUGACCAGAUCACUGACCUGCUGAAAGAGGUGCACAUACAUGGAAUUCAAGAGAAAAUGGGAGUAUUUCUGAAUUUCAAAAAUCUCCAGACUUGCUUAAGAGAUGCCAUUCUCUUGGACUACUAUGUGUCUGGGUUCUUUUGGGCCAAAGAAAUGGACUUUUCCCUCGACCAAUGUUCAAAAUUUAUGACCCUGCUGGACAUGUUACUGCAUAAUCUUCAAACGCUCCAUAUGUCCUUAGAGGACAGCAUCAAGUGGCUCGGGGAAGUGAUGGCGGAAAUUGGACCAAACCGUUCACUGAAGAACGAGGGGUUGCACGUCUUUGAUGUCAAAGAAGCCAAUGCCAUCAUCGAUUACUUGAAAAUCAGCUUAUUCCAGCACUACAGGCUCUAUGAGUUUAUGUUCUACUCGACCAGAGAAGAAAUUGUCAUAGGAACCACGCAAACCAUCGAAGUUGUCAAACCCGCAGACCACCCUUUUCCAGCCCCACUGGAGGAAGGAAUCUCCUUGGACAUAUUUGCAGCCUUCAUAGAGCCAUCGCCCAUACCAGAGACUGAACGGAAGGCGCUGGAUCAAGAGAAAAGCCCGCUGGAGGCCCAGGCAGAGAGUGAGACGGCAGAGGUGGAUCCUUUAGGCGGCUUCACCAUUGACGAUGUAAAAUCAGCCCUGGCUCGAGUGACAGAUGAGGUUUUGUUGAACAUUCAGAACGAGAUAAAGGAAAAACUGCAAGUCCAGGAAGAGGCCUUCAACGCACGAAUAGAGAAACUGAAAAAGGCCUGAGGACUCGGAACAAGCAAAGUGAUGCCGAACUUCAGAGAAACAGACAAAACUGGCCAGAAUAAUCGAUUCUCUGGAGUGCUGUGUUGCCUCCACGCAGCCGUGAAAGGAAAGCCCACUUUUCCUCAUGCAGACUGAUUAGCACCGCACUCUCCUGCCCCUCCUGUCCCACACCCACCUCUGAGUUUGCAGCGCCAAACGCAGCUACACUGCUCGGUGUGGAAGAGUCUGGAGCGUCACAUAGGAAAAUAUAAUUACUGUUAGGACUGCUCUAUGUCGUUUUGACUAAUAAACACUAUUCCUCUUC